AUGCUUCAGCACCGCGCAAUAGGCACUCUGGUUUUGCCGAGUCCCUACGCGGGUGUUUGCUUUGGCGCUGCUGCGGGGUUGGGGCGUUCUUGCCAGGUGGGAGCCAGAGGGACAGUCUUUCAAGGCUGCCGGUGCCCGGCGCCUGGAGGCCCGAACUACUUUCACCGCAAUGAACUUCUCUGGGCAGUUGUUUCCCCAGCAGCUCACGCGUACAAGCUACUCAUCGGCACAUAUGGCACGCCUGAAUCAGUAGGCAUCCCAGCGAGGGAAGGCGUUUUCAAACAAUUUUGCGAUGAUCUACGAGUGCAAAUCCUUGGUCAGCACUUUGGCUCACUGAUCAACGCGUAUCGUUGUGUUCAGAAGGACCUCGAUAAGGCCAUUGAAGUUUUGUACCAAUACCCUAAUACGGCCCAGCACUUGUCGAUGCAGUUGUAUUUGAGGCUUUUAUCAACGCUCUCGUGGCCCACCGCCGGACGGACUUCAUGCCGGAAUACAUCUUCAAGAUGGCGGCUGUGGGUGCGCACAUAG